CAUUGUGCUUACCGCGCGCGCUCCGAGUUACAAUAUGCACUUCUAUGCCAAAAUCAAUAAUACAAGUAUAUCUCCAGUCUGGAGGUGGUGGCAGCAGCACUGCGUUUCUUCAGCAGAGUUUAGUCAACCCGAUGCACGGCAAGGAUACGGUUCGCAGCUUGAGAAUGUGCCGGAAUUCGCGUGCAUUUGUUACACAAUGUUCGUUCACAGUUUUUCGAAAAGUGACACUACUUCGGUAGUAUGCCAGUGUCGGAUAAUUAUCGAAAUUUUGUAAGAAACGGAAGCGACAUUGAGAUUUUGCAUCGUUAAAUGAUCUUUCCUGCAAUCAGUAUUUGCAUUCAGAUAAAACUCGCAGAAUAAAACUCGGUUCUAAGAUCUUAUAUCAAAGAUCUCGAGGAACAGCACACUCAGCGAAAAAUUCCAACUGUUCAUUGCUCCAUACAUAAAUUAAUUUUAAAACAAUUCAGAAGAGAGAAAUGAAUGCAUCAAUAGAGAUUGAAUCAUAUAUGACGACAGAUCUUAUAUAACAACUGCAUAAGCGACUUGAUUGCUUAAUCAGAUCAAAUAUCUGCAUCUAAUCGAGAUAAUCGCAUCGUAUGCGAAUGGUAGGUUUAUCCUAGUGAUUCAAUUUGCUGCGUUACAUCGAAAAAAUUCCGGGAUAAGCAAAAUUAGAUUUUAAAUAUGAAACGAUUUUAAAUAUACGAUUUUAAAAAUAGCUCUUCCUGCUUUGCGGCUUAUCCAAGGAGAAAAUGCGGUAAGGAUGCAUCGCACAUCGAUCAGUGAUGAUGUCGCAACGCGGCACUUUUGUGAUGUAAAUGUACAGGAUACAUUCCACGUACCAUGUAUAUAUAUUUUUCCGACCGUUGAACUUCUCUUUUAAAGCAGCAAUAAAUCAACAAUCAUCAGUAUGUUCGUACGAAUAAGUGACCUUGAUGUAAACUAUCGUCUGACAAUCCCGCAUAGUGGAAAGAUGCUUUCCAUUUGACGAACACGUAACCGACAGUCUCGAGAGAAAGAUUUUAUUCGAGUAGCUUUUUGAAGUUUUUUUCACGGGAACAACACAGUUAUGGCGAAAGACGCGAUGAAGGACUGGAAAAUCGCCAGGACCGGCAUCUCUCUGCUGCUGAAUAACAAAACUGAGGAAGCCGAAGCUUUAUUUACCGAGCAUCCUCAUAGCUUCCAUGUCAAAGCAGGCCGUUGUUUUGUUCUCUUCAUGAAUGCCCUGAUGACUUUCGAAGAGGACAAGUUUCAGCAAGCCACAUUAUUACUUAAAGAUAUGGAACGGGAAUGUGCGGGCGAUAUAGGAUGGUUGAAGUCUGUAAAAAGUAAAGUGUUUAGAGCUGAAGAAACUGAUAAGGACUAUGUGAAUAAAUUAGAGCGUCAAAUAGUUCUAGCAGAUACGCAAGUGUUCUCGGCUGUGUCAUUGUUUCUUCAACAAGAGUUAACUGGAUACGUUCGUGGCUGCUGGAUGCUUCGCAAAGCUUGGCGUGUUUAUCAACACGCGUACACUCAAAUCUCGCAAUUAUAUCGUCGCACCUUCGGUACAAAUCCGACUGGAUUCAGCCCAUGUUGUAUCAAUCCGAGCAACGGGUCAUCUCUGCAGAGUCCGCAGAGCCCGGAAUCUUCGGAAUGGUCGAUACCAUCCUGCAACGGUUAUACGAACAUGACACCCGUGUCGUCACCAUCAGGUCUGCGAAGCUCUCUAUCAAUGUUCUUCUCGCUCACUGGCAUCACAUCUGAACAACAGACACCCUUUGUGGAACCUUCGGAGGUGACACGUUUAAUGUCGGCCGCAAGUUUCGGUUACGGUGUAUACCAACUGUGUGUGAGUCUUUUGCCACCAUCUGUACUGAAAGUGAUUCACUUCUUCGGCUUCGAGGGUAACAGACAGUCUGGUCUUGCUGCUCUUAUGUACGCACGACUUGGCGAAGAUAUGCGCGCACCGCUCGCUACAUUAUCCCUACUUUGGUAUCAUACGAUUGUACGUCCAUUCUUCGCGUUGGACGGGUCGAAUGUAAAAGCGGGGGUCGCAGCAGCGAAGCAAUUGAUAGCUGAAUGUCAUACCGAAUUCCAGAAUUCUGCCCUUUUUCUUUUUUUCGCUGGCAGAAUGGAACGUUUAGAGACAAACGUCGAUGCAGCUCUAGAAGCGUUCGGUAAAGCAGUGGAAGUUGCAACUCAGAGGGAAGUCAAACUAUUGUGUUUACACGAGGUGGCUUGGUGCCACGUGAUACGCUUGAACUACGAUGAAGCGUAUCGAUCCUUAUUGCAGUUGCAGCAGCAGUCGAGGUGGUCCAAGGGCUUCUACGCGUACUUAGCCAUGGUUUGUUGUGGAGCGAACGGAAAGUUUGACGUUCUCCUGUCGCUGUACGGCAAGAUACUUCCUUGGUUUCAUGAGACGAAAAACGAAUCGCAACUCGAUGUUUUUAUUAUGCGCAGGCUGCCGAAAAUCGUUGAUAAGGAAACUGGACAUCCUUACACAAUUCUGUAUUAUAAGUUGCUCGUAUACGAGUCACUGUACUUGUGGAACUAG